AUGCUCACACCACCUUCGCAGUCUGCUGCAAAGAGUGGUGCCCAUCACAACAAUGGGCCACCUCCUCCUCGCACCUCCUCAACGCCAGCUCCAGCUGCUGCUGCUGCUGAGGAGCCAGCUGCAUCAUCUACAGCUGAGGGUUCGACUAAGCCCGGGGCUAAGAAGAGUACUGCUAGCCCCAAGAAGGCUAGGACCACUACCGACAUCGUUCGAAUGUAUUCCUGCUUGCCCUCUCUGUAUCUCCCUAAGAGUAUCCUCAGGCACGUACGACAUCUACAAAGGGCUGUCUCUGGCAGCUCCGUCAGCGCUCUGUGUGCCUUCCUGGCCAACGAUAACCCAUCUUGUGGCUGCCAAGUGAAGAGCACUGAGCUCGACAAGGCCCUUGCUAAGACGAGUACGCUCAUCCAAGCCUUGGCUGCUACUGGGGACCGUCAUAGGAUGGUCAUUCGGAAGCAGUUGUUGGUGCACGUUAGACAGCUGUCUAGCAAGGUCGCCAGUAUGUUGACGGAUCUCGCUGUGAUCAAGGCGGAGAGGACGACGACAGGGGACCAGCAAGAGGCACUGAGGGACACUGCCAGCGCGACGCUGUUCAUGACCUCGAAGAGGCUACUGCGGGUGGUCCAGUGUUGGAGUGAUGCGCUCAUCCCGAAGGGGCAUACUCUAUCAGCUGAGGCUGAGGAGACGGCCGAGAAGGAGUUCGAUCAGUUCCUCACAGAUGCACAUGUUGACAAUAUCUGGCCUGGGCUGGACGAGGCUCUCACUAGAUACGACAACGAUCCGAAGGUUCUUCAAUCUCAGCUAGCAUCGGUGUCUCGAGCGCAAGCGGCGCUAGAGGCACGGAGGGAGAAUGAGGAUAGGCAUAGAGAGCAGCAACAGCAAUACGCUAGAAGUGGCGGCGGCCGAGAUGGACGCAACCCUAUAUCGCCUCAUCAUGACUCCCUUGAUAGAGUGGAGAGGCCAGAGAGAGCAGUCGCUGCUCAACAACAGGGAG